AUGAACAACCUGUUAUCACCUCACGACAUAUUCUACAAACACCUCCAACUACACAACCACAAUUUUGCGAAUGAUGAGCAGGUGAAGAAGUUGGAAAAAAAGGUAGAAGAAGUGUUAGUAGAGAAUAAAAAGUUGGAAGAUCGUGAAAAGAAACUUGAAAAGCGUGUCAAGACAGUUGAAGCUGAAAACUUGUCAUUGUUGAAAAGAGUUAAAGCUGAUCAGGCUGAGAUUGAUAUUAUGAAAGUUCGUAUUACAGAGUUGGAAGAGGAAAAAGCUCGGAGAGACAAACAGAAUAAGUACUUCAAACUAAAGAAGAAAGAGUUAGAGGCUGCCAAUGCAAAGAAAGAGCAUGUUGAAGAGGUGAGAGCUCUUCGUCAAGCUGCAAUUGAAGCAGAGAUGAAAAACAAGAAUCCCCAUCCUAUUUCUGCAGUUUCUGGUAUUUUUGAAGAAGAUGUUGAAGUUGAUGAUGUUAUAAAUGAAGAUGAAGAAGGUGAUGAGGAUGAUGAAGAAGAGGAAGAUGAUGAGGCUAAGAAAGAUGAUGCAGAUGACGGUUCUUCAGGUAUCAAGGUUACUGAAGAGUCAAAUGAAGAAAAUGUUGAUGACUAUCUUCAAGAUGAUGCCAACGAAGAACCAGAAAAUGCUGAAGGUGAGGGGGAGCAUGUUGAUGACAAAAAUGUUGAUGAAAGUGAAAAAUUGAUUCUGCGUCUUGAACCUGAUGUAGAAGAAGAUGACACACAUUGUGAAAGUACUUUCAAGUUUGAUUUCGAAGAAGAGCUGAAUCAGUUCUACAUCAAUCAGCAGCCCGAUUAUCAGUAUAAAUAUGUUGAAGAGGCUAACAACUAUGAUAGAGUUGAAGUUGAAGAUUGCAGUGAUGAAGAAAGUGUGAAUGUUGAUACUUCUGACUUUCCAACGCUUGUUGAAUUCUUCAGCCAUGAAAACAUAGAUGAGUUAAGAAGGAGAGUUGAAGAAUGUUUAAAGGAUAAAAACUUUGAUGGAACGUCGAAAGAUGAACAGCGGGAAGAGAGGAAGAAAUGGUUUAGAAAAGAUACUGAACGAAAGUUUAAACAACCGCUGAAGUUCUACAAGAGAGAUAGAGAUGUUUCACUUGGAGAUGUAAUCAGCUGGGGCUUUCUGCCACAGGUUAAUGCGUAUGCUAUCCGUCGAGAGUAUGGUGUUCAGUAUUUUGCUUAUAUCCAGGAUAUCAUGUCCUUACCAUGGUGGGAUGUGGAAGAGCUUCCAAAAGUUAGAACUUUGAAUUAUCCUGUCAGAAAGCAUGAUGUGCCUAUUUGGGGCCUAAUGAAGUAUGAAGCUUUCAAAGAUUUUAAGCACUGGAAACCUCACUAUCCGAAGAAAGUAAAGAGGGUAGAUCUAGUGACAGGCUCAGAAGAAACUAUCUUGCAGAUAAAGAAGCCUAGGGUGAUCAAGAAUAUCCUGUAG